AAUUCAAGAAAAAAUCCUGGAGUGAAUUGGAAUUUGACAAUCUUCGACCUCGCUGAAAACCCUAGGCCGCCGUCUAUAUAGCUAUCUCUAAAACCCUAAUCGCUCCUCAGUCUCUCGUUUUGAGCAGCAGCCCCCCAAAAUGUCGAAGCGAGGACGCGGAGGAUCGGCUGGGAACAAGUUCAGGAUGUCACUGGGUCUACCGGUGGCGGCGACGGUGAACUGUGCUGACAAUACCGGGGCGAAGAACCUGUACAUCAUCUCAGUGAAGGGAAUCAAGGGUCGUCUGAAUCGGUUGCCGUCUGCUUGCGUCGGUGACAUGGUCAUGGCCACUGUCAAGAAGGGUAAGCCUGAUUUGAGGAAGAAGGUCCUCCCGGCUGUCAUUGUCAGGCAGCGCAAGCCCUGGCGCCGAAAGGAUGGUGUCUUCAUGUACUUCGAAGAUAAUGCUGGUGUUAUUGUCAAUCCAAAGGGAGAAAUGAAAGGGUCUGCAAUUACUGGUCCUAUUGGGAAGGAGUGUGCUGAUCUAUGGCCAAGGAUUGCCAGUGCUGCUAAUGCCAUUGUUUAAGUGAUACCGUCUUGGCGUCUCCAUCUCUCUGCACAAGACAGAUUUUGGUUUUGGUCCGUUUUUUGUUUGAUAAUAGACAAUCCCCCAAAUUUGACAGAGUUUUGUUUAAUGGGUAUUAUAUUUUGUGUAAACUUGAAAAGAUGUUUUGCUCUGGAUAUUCUCGUGGUUAGUUAUCUGAAUGGAGUAGACUUGGAAUU